GAGAGAGAAAGAGAGAGGGAGAGAGGAGCUGGGGGACAGUAGAGACUGAGCAGCAGAGAGGACCACACAGUCGUGACAGCAAAGGCCGUUUCAGGAUAUAGGGCAACCGAGAGCGGCUUCUUUUUGUGUCCUCCAUCAUGGCGAGUGACUCUCCAGCUCGGAGUCUGGACGAAAUCGACCUGUCCGCUUUGAGGGAUCCUGCUGGCAUCUUUGAGCUGGUUGAGCUGGUGGGAAAUGGCACCUACGGGCAGGUGUACAAGGGUCGCCAUGUUAAGACGGGGCAGCUGGCAGCCAUCAAGGUCAUGGAUGUCACCGGGGAUGAGGAAGAGGAGAUUAAAGCGGAAAUUAACAUGCUGAAGAAGUACAGUCACCAUCGGAACAUCGCCACCUACUAUGGAGCGUUCAUCAAGAAAAACCCUCCUGGCAUAGAUGACCAGCUAUGGCUUGUCAUGGAGUUCUGUGGAGCCGGCUCAGUGACGGACUUGAUCAAGAACACAAAGGGCAAUUCUCUGAAAGAGGAGUGGACCGCUUACAUCUGCAGAGAGAUUCUCAGGGGUCUGACUCAUCUCCAUCAGCACAAGGUCAUCCACCGAGACAUCAAGGGACAGAAUGUCCUGCUGACUGAGAACGCAGAGGUCAAACUAGUGGACUUUGGUGUUUCGGCCCAGUUGGACAGGACAGUAGGAAGGAGAAACACGUUUAUUGGGACACCAUAUUGGAUGGCACCAGAGGUCAUCGCUUGUGAUGAGAACCCCGACGCCACAUACGACUUCAAGAGUGAUUUAUGGUCACUGGGAAUCACAGCAAUAGAGAUGGCUGAGGGAGCACCACCGCUGUGUGACAUGCACCCGAUGAGAGCCCUCUUCCUCAUCCCACGCAACCCUGCCCCCCGACUCAAGUCGAAGAAGUGGUCGAAGAAGUUCCAGUCGUUCAUAGAGAGCUGUCUGGUGAAGAGCCACAGCCAGAGACCCAGCACAGAGCAGCUGCUCAAACACCCGUUCAUCAGAGACCUGCCCAACGAGAGGCAGGUCCGCAUCCAGCUGAAGGACCACAUCGACCGCACCAAGAAGAAGAGGGGAGAGAGGGAUGAGACAGAGUACGAGUACAGUGGCAGUGAAGAGGAGGACGAAGAAAGAGACAUGGGUGAACCGAGCUCCAUCAUCAACAUCCCCGGGGAGUCGACCCUGAGGCGGGACUUCCUGCGCCUCCAGCUGGCCAAUAAGGAGCGCUCGGAGGCGCAGCGGCGGCAGCAGCUGGAGCAGCAGCAGAACGAGGAGCACAAGCGCUUGCUGUUGGCUGAGAGACAGAAACGCAUCGAGGAGCAGAAGGAGCAGAGGAGGCGGCUGGAGGAGCAGCAGCAGCGAGAACGUGAGCUGAGGAAGCAGCACGAGAGGGAGCAGAGGAGGCGCUACGAGGAAAUGGAGCAGCUCCGCAGAGAGGAGGAGAGGAGGCAUGCAGAGAGAGAACAGGAGUAUAUCCGUAGACAGCUGGAGGAGGAACAGAGGCAGUUAGAGAUUCUCCAGCAGCAGCUACUACAGGAGCAGGCAUUACUGCUGGAGUACAAGCGUAAGCAGAUCGAGGAGCAGCGGCAGGCGGAGCGGCUACAGAGGCAGCUCCAGCAGGAGAGAGCCUACCUGGUGUCUCUACAACAGCAGCAGCAGCAGCAACAGCAGCAGCAGCAGCAGGAGGGAAGGCAAGCAGAGAAGAAACAGCUUUACCACUACAAAGAUGUCAUCAAUCCUAAUGACAAGCCUGCCUGGGCUAAAGAGGUGGAGGAGCGAUCUAAGCUGAACAGACAGAGCUCCCCAGCGCUGCAGCACAAAGUGUCCAACCGCAUCUCCGACCCCUCCCUCCCUCCCCGCUCCGAGUCCUUCAGCAGCGGGGGCAUGCAGCCCGCCCGCACCCCACCCAUCCACCGCUCCAUCGAACCACAGAUGGCUCACCUUGUCCCAGUGAAGACCCACUCAAGCUCCAUGUCCGGCUCUCAGUCUCUGCAGGACCAAACGGGCUCAGCGCUGAGUGAGGCCGUCAGCGUUGGAUCCCCCAGGCCCGAGAUGCCCCGGCAGAACUCAGACCCCACUUCUGACACCCCCGGACCUCCGCUGCGCAUCGCCGGCAGGGAGGAACGGGAUCGGGAACGGGACAGAGACAGGGAUCGGGACAGGACGGCCUGGCUGAGAGAGGAAGACAUUCCACCGAAGGUCCCACAGAGGACCACUUCCAUCUCCCCAGCCCUGGUCAGGAAGAAUUCGCCUAACGGAGGAGUGGGUCUGGGCCCUCGCACAGGUUCUCAGCUCAUACGAGCCAGUAACCCAGACCUGCGGCGCUCAGAGCUCUCUCUGGACGCCAUGCUGCAAAGAACUUCCUCCAACUCCUCAUCUUCCUCCUCCCCUUCAUCUCAGGGAGGCUCAGCCGAGAGGAGAGGUCAAACCAAGCAGGAAGGAUCCCCUCCAGGAGCCAAUCAGGAGGCCAAGUCCAAACAGGAGGAGGGCCGUGAAUCAGCCAGACCCAGCAGACCUGCAAGCUAUAGGAAAGCCAUAGAUGAGGACCUAAGUGCAUUGGCUAAGGAACUCAGAGAACUGAGGGUAGAGGAAGGCAGCAGACCUCCAGUCAAGGUGACAGACUACUCGUCCUCCAGUGACGAAUCAGAGAGCAGCGAUGAGGAUGGGGAGACAGUGGGCCAUGAUGGGACUGUCGCUGUUAGUGACAUCCCCCGUAUCAUGUAAGUUGUCCUCCCUAGCAGUGGCGAGUCGUAUGGAGGGCUGACAGAGGACUCUCUGGGAGAUGCCUAUAAUAGCUCCAAGGACGGCACUCUAGUGAUGAGAGAGGCAGAGGAGAGGAGGAGAGGCGGUCACACUGAGAGUAACGGGUUUGGGAAUCACAGUAACCAUGGUAACCUCCCUGACCUGGUACAGCAGAGCAACUCUCCCUCAGCCACACCCACCUCAGCCCUGCAGGAACUGGGCGACAUGGCUGAGUUUGGUGUGGGGGGCUCCAAAGCGUCCUUUACCCCGUUUGUUGAUCCACGCGUCUAUCAGACAUCGCCAAGUGAAGAUGACAAUGAGAACUCAGCAGCAGCCAUGUUUGCAAAUGAGCUGCUGAGGCAGGAGCAGGCCAGACUAAACGAAGCCAGAAAGAUCUCUGUGGUCAACGUCAACCCUACCAACAUCAGACCCCACAGUGACACGCCCGAGAUCCGCAAAUACAAGAAGCGCUUUAACUCUGAGAUCCUGUGUGCUGCACUCUGGGGUGUGAACCUGCUGGUGGGGACAGAGAAUGGUCUGAUGCUGCUUGACAGAAGCGGACAGGGAAAAGUCUAUAACCUGAUCACCAGACGGCGCUUCCUGCAGAUGGAUGUGCUGGAGGGGCUCAAUGUGCUGGUCACCAUAUCUGGGAAAAAGAAUAAGUUGCGUGUCUACUACUUGUCCUGGCUGAGGAACAGAAUAUUACACAACGACCCAGAAGUAGAAAAGAAGCAGGGUUGGAUUACAGUCGGGGAGCUGGAGGGCUGUGUGCAUUAUAAAGUUGUAAAAUAUGAGAGGAUUAAGUUCCUGGUGAUUGCUCUGAAAAACUCUGUGGAAAUCUAUGCCUGGGCUCCCAAACCCUACCACAAGUUCAUGGCCUUCAAGUCGUUCACUGACUUGCAGCACCGUCCCCAGCUGGUUGACCUGACGGUGGAGGAAGGUCAGAGGUUAAAGGUCAUCUACGGCUCCAGCGUGGGCUUCCAUGUGAUCGACGUGGACUCAGGCAACCCUUACGACAUCUACAUCCCCUCACAUAUCCAGAGCCAGGUGACGCCCCAUGCCAUCGUGGUGCUGCCUAAAACUGAUGGAAUGGAGAUGCUGCUGUGCUACGAGGACGAGGGCGUCUACGUCAACACCUACGGUCGAAUCACCAAGGACGUGGUGCUCCAGUGGGGAGAGAUGCCUACCUCUGUUGCCUAUAUCCAUUCUAAUCAGAUUAUGGGAUGGGGUGAGAAAGCCAUAGAGAUCCGCUCUGUGGAGACAGGUCAUCUGGAUGGAGUCUUUAUGCACAAGAGAGCCCAGAGACUUAAGUUCCUCUGUGAGCGAAACGACAAGGUAUUCUUUGCAUCAGUGCGUUCGGGAGGUAGCAGCCAAGUUUUCUUCAUGACCCUCAACAGAAACUCUAUGAUGAACUGGUGAUGGCUCCUCCCACGGUCCACUCUGCCUCACUCUCCCAUUGGCCAGCCCACGGCACAUCUCACAAACGAACCCGACCGCCCGAGAGGCCACAAAGUGAACUCUUUUAACACUGGAGAGACUAAAAUGGUGUAGAGGAAAAAAAACAAAAAAAAAACAAAAACAAAACAACAAAAUUAUCGUAGAGAACAAAACAACAAACGAAGAGACAUGUCACCCUAGAUUAUGUCGGGUCAUGCAGAAGCCAUCGUUACUCAACUGACUGGCAAACUGGUG